ACCCGCCGAGGCGCCCCGGGGCAGCCGCAAGUCCUGCCCCUGGACACCUGGCCCUCAGCCCUGGCUGGCCAUGGCCCUGUGCCUGAAGCAGGUGUUCGCCAAGGACAAGACGUUCCGGCCUCGGAAGCGCUUCGAGCCGGGCACGCAGCGCUUUGAGCUGUACAAGAAGGCCCAGGCAUCGCUCAAGUCCGGCCUGGACCUGCGGAGUGUGGUGAGGCUGCCUCCUGGGGAGAACAUCGACGACUGGAUCGCCGUGCACGUGGUGGACUUCUUCAACCGCAUUAACCUCAUCUAUGGCACCAUGGCCGAGCGCUGCAGCGAGACCAGCUGUCCGGUCAUGGCCGGAGGGCCCCGCUAUGAGUACCGCUGGCAGGACGAGCGCCAGUAUCGGCGGCCGGCCAAGCUCUCCGCGCCGCGCUACAUGGCCUUGCUCAUGGACUGGAUCGAGGGCCUCAUCAACGAUGAGGAUGUCUUUCCCACGCGUGUUGGAGUUCCCUUCCCUAAGAACUUCCAGCAGGUCUGCACCAAGAUCCUGACCCGCCUCUUUCGAGUGUUUGUCCACGUCUACAUCCACCACUUUGACAGCAUCCUCAGCAUGGGCGCCGAAGCACACGUCAACACCUGCUACAAGCACUUCUACUACUUCAUCCGAGAGUUCAGCCUGGUGGACCAGCGGGAGCUGGAGCCACUGAAGGAGAUGACAGAGCGGAUCUGUCACUGACAUGGACCAAGCAUGGACCUUGUUGCCUGUUGGAUUGACCAUCCGAAUACAGAGUGGUUAGGGCCAGGGACCCUCAGGAAUCUGGUGGCAGAUGACUCUCAUGCCCUGGGACCCCUCCAUACACCCAAAGCCCCUGGACUUUUGGUUGUCAGGAGUGAGUCCACGUGUCCUCUAACUACUUGUGAAUGAGAAGGGGAGAACAUAAAGGUGGGCAAACAGAAGGGAAGGAGGAGUCAAACCUCUGGCAUGAAGUCUGGGGCAGGGUUGGCUCGGGAGUUUUUGCUUUGAUAUUUGACCCUUGCAUGGGGGUUCCCAAGCCUAUUGGAUGUGGCUGAGGUAAUGGUAAGAAAGGAACAAAUGAGUGAGCGGUCCAUGUGUGUGUGUGCAUGUGCAUGCGCGGGAGUGUGAGAGAGAGAUCUUGACUGUGAGCUGUGUUAGCUGUGAAAGCCAGCCGCCUUAGACCCUCCCUGGCACAAGUAGGCACUCCAUAAGUGGAUGGAUGGAAGGAGGAGUGACUGGGACCAUCAGACCAUGGCCACUGUGGGAGUAAUGACAGGUCAGCGACCCUGCCUGGUGUGUGUGACCAUGUGUGUAAGUGCAUAAGAUGUGCUUGUAGAUAUAUCUCUAUGUUCUAACCUUCCCGGCUACCAUCUCCUGUCACCAUGAGUUCUGGGUUGCUGUGGGGUGAUAGAAAGGGGAGCCUUGCCAUGAAUAAUCAAACCUCUGGCCCAGAACAGACACAGGUCUGAUUUUGCUGAGCCAGAGAUGUGUAUGUACUGUCAUUUCACUCAUCCCUCUGCCUCCAGGAAGGCCUGAUUAUGGAGAGCCUCCUGGGGCUUGGGAGUGGUCCCUCAUGUUCCUGACCCUUCGAUUGGGAAGCAUGUGUUCCAUUCUAACUCCCAGAAUCUAUAGACUUGGCUCCCAGGAUCUGAAGCCUACCACAAGAUAAUCCUCCAACCCAAGGAGCUAGUGGAAACUGGGAAACGCCAGAGUCUUGUCUCCCAUCUCAGGACACCAAGGACCUUGUAGCUAGCAAGUGGACUUUUCUAGGCUUGGAGAGCCCCCAUGCUACAAGAAGUUCCCUCCUUCCCAAUCAUCCCUGAGGCAUAUCAACUGGUUGGAUAUCAGAGUAUAGCUAUCCCAGAGAAACUGGAAUGAUCAUUCAGCACUCCAAUACUCAGCACCCCAUGCCCAGCCCACUGCCCAGAGCCACAUGGGGGAAACUGGGGCAGGAAUGGGCCCUCCCUUUCCAGAGCCUCCAUGAUGGGAGGCUAGCGUGGAGAACCAGCAAAGAUGUGUGAGGAUCACCCAGUCUCACUCGCAGGAUCAUCCACCUGCAGAGGAGGAAACUGAAGCCAAGAGGAGAGGAGGAAGAAACUGGCCAAGACCUCGCAGCAGAGCUUUUUUGUGGAACUGAAAUAGAAACCAGGGAUCUGACUCCCACCCCAGGGCUUGCAGCAUGCCACAUGGGGUGAUCAGAUGCACAUGGAAAGAGGGUUUGACAGCCCCCUUCCAGGACACAGCUGUUCCUGCUUAGAGCCUGAGGCCAGUGCGCCCCACCACCCCCUCAGUUCUUCAGGGGAUGUCUGCUGAGCCCAUGCCUCCAAAAUCAUGCCUCUCUUUGUGGCCCAGCAACUGCCUGACUCUGAGGAAGCAGAUGGGACUCUUGGGACCAGCCAGCUGGACUUGGGACUGCUGCUUCCAGAGAAGUUUCCAGAAACACACUGACCCAGUCGUUUUGUCAGAGGCUCUGGAGUGGGGAAUCAGAUUCCCCCAGGGUGGGCUGGGGUUUGGAUGAUAGACUCUAGGCUGUGGUCAGUGCUAAUCUUGAGGGGGGAGAGGAUGAUCUAAUUUUGUGAAACAGAAGAUUUUGUUGUUAUUUUUGGUAAAAUAAAGGAGGAGAACUGGAGUGACACUGCUGUGGUCUGGGU